CCUCGGGACAUUCCCAUGAAUCCCAUGUGCAUUUACCGGGCCCCAGAGAAGAAGGCGACUGAGGACGAGGCCUCAGAGCAGAAGAUCCCUGAGGCCACCAACCGGCGAGUCUGGGAACUGUCCAAAGCUAAUACCCGCUUUGCCACCGCCUUCUAUCAGCACCUGGCAGACUCCAAGAAUGACAAUGACAACAUUUUCCUGUCACCCCUGAGUAUCUCCACAGCUUUUGCUAUGACCAAGCUGGGUGCCUGUGACAACACCCUCAAGCAGCUGAUGGAGGUUUUCAAGUUUGAUACCAUCUCUGAGAAAACAUCUGACCAGAUCCACUUUUUCUUUGCCAAACUAAACUGCCGACUCUAUCGAAAAGCCAACAAGUCCUCCGAGUUGGUAUCAGCCAACCGCCUCUUUGGAGACAAAUCCCUUACCUUCAACGAGACCUACCAGGACAUCAGUGAGGUGGUAUAUGGAGCCAAGCUCCAACCCCUGGACUUCAAGGAAAAUGCAGAGCAGUCCAGAGAGACCAUCAACAAAUGGAUUUCCAAUAAGACCGAGGGACGCAUCACUGACGUCAUCCCCCCAGACGCCAUCAAUGAGCUCACUGUCCUGGUGCUGGUUAACACCAUUUACUUCAAGGGCCUGUGGAAGUCCAAGUUCAGCCCAGAGAACACGAGGACAGAACUGUUCCACAAGGCUGACGGGGAGUCGUGUUCGGCCUCCAUGAUGUACCAGGAGGGCAAGUUCCGCUACCGGCGCGUGGAGGAAGGCACUCAGGUGCUGGAGCUGCCCUUCAAGGGCGAUGACAUCACCAUGGUGCUCAUCCUGCCCAAGGCUGAGAAGAGCCUGGCCAAGGUGGAGCGGGAGCUCUCGCCCGAGGUGCUGCAGGAGUGGCUGGAUGCGCUGGGAGAGACCUUGCUGGUGGCGCACGUGCCCCGCUUCCGCAUCGAGGACAGCUUCAGCCUCAAGGAGCGGCUGCAGGACAUGGGCCUCGUGGACCUGUUCAGCCCUGAAAGUUCCAGGCUCCCAGGUAUUAUUGCGGGAGGCCGGAGUGACCUCUAUGUCUCAGAUGCAUUCCAUAAGGCAUUUCUUGAAGUCAACGAGGAAGGCAGUGAAGCAGCUGCAAGUACGGCCAUCGCCAUUGCUGGCCGUUCGCUGAACCCCAACAGAGUGACCUUCAAGGCCAACAGGCCCUUCCUGGUUCUGAUAAGGGAAGUUGCUCUGAACACUAUUGUCUUUAUGGGCAGAGUGGCUAACCCUUGUGUUAACUAAAGCGUUUCUAUUCUUUGCACCUCUUCCCGUUUUGGUUUGUGAAUAGAAAUAAAAACAAAUACAAAUGGACUUUGCCAUCUGAAAUGAAAGCAAGGGA